AUGGCACGACGAGCAGCACCCCCAGCAGAGCCUGCAUACCUUCCCCACAUCCCAUCACAGGGCAGGCGUCUGGGAAAUCCCGACGAAUCUGGCUUUUCUCGAUUUAUUCGUGAAGAAAUCUUUUCACCUGAGAAACUUCCAGGAAACCUUAGCAUCUUGACCGCGUCUGUUUUGUUCGCUGGUGGCAUUGCUGCCGUUCGGACCUGGGGCGAACUUAUGGUCCCCGUGUAA